AUGUCCGAUUCGCGUCGUAUCCGCGAGAACACUGCAAUGGCCAAAGAUGCGAAGAAGCAUCUGCGAAGUACCUCGCCAAAGGGUGUGAUCCAAGGCGCUGACUUUUCGCAGGAAGGGCAGCUCCGCAGCGGCCAUUUCGCCGAGUAUGAAGCUUCGGAGUUUACGAGCGCGCGCAACAAUGUAAAGCUGGUUGACUCGGUUACAUCGGGCGAUUAUUGCAAUGCAUCUGUCACCAGCCAGUGGCGGUUUCUACGCGUACGUGCCGCGUGCUCCCGCGUAGCUCUCACCGUCAACAGCCACAUAUUUGUGCACCCCUACUCACCCCCCUCCGACCAAGAAAUCAUUAAACGCUUCCUAUCGGUAGAAGUAGCUAUCCAACGAGAUGCGGCAGCUUCACAGAAAGUGCCCAGCCUUUUCACAUCCGUUUUGAUCAUGAAACUUACAUCAUUUGCCGCCGACAGCUCAGUCUCUUCGCGCCUGCUUAGUCCCUUAACGAAUCAGGCCUCCCAACUCACAAAAUGA